AUGAAGAACAAGGCCACCACCGAGAGUGGCCCUGAGUCGCCUACUACUGCCCGACCCCUUGAUCUCGACGAUGACGAUGUCCAGGAAUCCGGCGUCUUAGGAGGUGACGAUGGCAACACCACAACUACUGCUGUCGCCACAAACACCUCCCAGUCCAAGGCUCCUGCCCAGGCCCAGGCCCCGACUUCUCCAAACGAGGCAGCGCCUCCUAAACCUCCCCGUCCUGUCUCUGAAACUCAACAGAAUGAGGCCAUACUCAAGGAAGCUUUCCCUAGUGUAGAGAUUAGUGUCAUCAAGGCUGUGCUGAGAGCCAGCGGUGGUCGCGUUGAGCCUGCGUUCAACGCUUUGCUGGAGUUGACUGACCCCGAUGCUGCUCAAAACGAACCUGCCGAUGUCCCACCUCCUCAGCCCCCCAGGCCCCAGAACCGAUCUCAGAUGUCGCAAAUGGAGGCCGAUGAACUAUAUGCGCGCCAGCUCGCGGAGCACUAUGACAAUGUCGGUGCCUACGAGAACCGAACUGCCAACCGUGGAGCCAACGAUGGACGACAAAGACAGGGACAACAAGGUCCAGAAUGGGGCGACGAUCGCGAGCACAGCUUCCUCGACGACGACCUCCCCGUCAUUCGCGAAAACCUUCGAAAAGGGUUCUUUGAGACACAGGAAAAGGUCAACGGAUGGAUCACAAACCUGAAAAAAAAGAUUGAGGAGAAUUUCGAUGAAAGCGAGGAGCAGGCACAAAGACAAGGACAGCCUUUCCGUCGUCCUGGAGAGUCUAGCCGCCGGAGCGGUGAUUAUGAUCGAUAUGAUGCGGACCCUCAAGUGCUCAGCGAUGACUUCGCUGGUAUGAAGUUCUCAUCUGAUGGAAGUGAGUAUCGCAAACACAAUGCGCCAAAGCAAAUAUUGACGAUUUUAGCACCCAUGAACCGGCCCAUGGCCAACACUGGCAUGUACAAGCCCCCGCCUCCAUCAACUUCACCCAAGCCUAGCAACGGCCGACGAGUUGGAUUCAAGGAGGAGACAGAAGAAAUCAACAUGUACGACUCAUCACCAAGAGUGCCACCCAAGGAUGCGGCCCCCAGCAGCGGUACAAGAGGAAGCAAGUGGCAACCUAUGUCCGCCGUUGAGCCAAGUCCCAUCGUAGAGAACGAUCCAUUCAGCUUGGGAGAUAGUGAAGAUGAGAGGGAGACACAUCAGAAGUCCAAGGAUGAUAAGACUGACGAUAGCGAGCGCCUGAAGAAGGCGACUGCUGAAGCCAUGGCUGACAGUCUAGCCGAGUCAAAAGAGACAGACGCAAAGAAGAAUUAG